GUAUCAACUUCCUCCCCUGCGACGCGGGCGCCGCAAGCUGCGAAGCGUCGCCGCUGCCUCGCUGGGCACGGCGGCUGAUUCUCCGAGAAACCUGUUGGCAGGUGAAUGACCGCUCCGCGGCGGCGGCAUGGGCUGAGCAGGGCGUGGUGGAGGAGCCCAGCAGUGAGGUGAUAGACGUGGUAAAGGAGCUUUUUCCAGACUUUGCUUUCUGAGCCGCUGGUGGCUUGGAUGAGAGCUGGCCAGAUGGCCGCUGGCAGCGGCACUCCGUGUGGUGAAACAAGCCCCACGCAAGACCUUACACCGGUCAUCAUGAAGCAGACGCACCUUGGAUCAAGAUGUGCCAAGCAAGCCAAGCACAGACAGCAUUGCUUUUCGAAGGCGGACUAUGACGUGGUCCACUUGACCAGCUACGUGAAGCCAACAUUCCAAACUGGAAGUCCCGUCCAGUUGCCAUGCCGCGCCGUGUAUACACCGCACAGCACCAGCGCGCCGGGCGACCCACUUCCACCGUGCAGCACGUGGGUGCAUGCUGCGGUGAUUUGUGGUGCCCGGAUGAAAUGGUACCUUCUCAGGUACGGGUGAGCAGGGAGGCCCAGUACAUUUGGAGCCCAAACGUCGGGAUCCGUGGUCGUACCGAAGGUUGCUUCAGAACCCACCACGGAUCCGUUUGACGCCUCCUGCGGG